UUUUCAUAGUAAACAAUCAGAAAAUAAAAUACCAAAACUGCAUGUGAAGACAUCUUUUUGUUCAAAUUGUAUCAUUAUUAUGGAAUAAAAAUGCAUAGCUUUACUUUUAUCAGUAUUAUAUUGAAGAUAAUCCAAUAAAAUAUAAACAAAGUAUAUUUAAUUUUACGAUAAAGAUAAAUCUUAAAAAUAUAUUAGAACAAAUAAACUCAUCAAUGGAUUAUUUACAAUUUAUACUUGAAUUAAUUUAUUUUAAUCUUAAAAUGUACUUUCUUAAACCAAAUUAAUUUAUGAAAAAUUUUAAUUUAAAGUUAUUUAUUGUAUGAUAAAUCAGCCUGUCAAUUGAUGAUUCAGCAUCUAAAUGUUUUUUUUAAUCAUCACAGAAAAUCAUAACUUGGUGAAUUUUUGUUUAUUCAAUUAAAACAUAAGUAAUUGAAUAAUAACAAAAAAGUUUGAUAGUUUUGACAAAUGGUAUUUUGUAAUUUAUCUAAAUUGAUAUCAAAAUAUUUUGAACACCAAUGUUAGGCACAAACAGACGAUCCUAUAAAUAUUAUUUACUCCAAGCUUUUAUUGCUGGUAUUUGUCUGUUAGUCUACUGUGAAUAUCUCAAUUAUUAUGUCGUCCUUGCACAAUGCUCGUGGCCAGAUCUUGAUGUUUCAAAAGCAGAUCCAACAAUUAAACCGUCAAGACCAGAUGAAAAACCUGUUAAAAUAAUUUUUAUAGCAGAUACUCAUUUAUUAGGAUCUAUAAAUGGACAUUGGUUCGAUAAACUUAGAAGAGAAUGGCAAAUGCACAGAACUUUUCAAACAUCAAUGGUUCUCCAUAAGCCUGAUAUUGUUUUUUUCUUAGGAGAUAUAUUUGAUGAAGGACUUCGAAGUAGUCCAGAUCAAUUUGAAACUUAUGUUAAUAGAUUCCAUUCUCUUUUUGCGGUUCCAAAAAAUACUUAUUCUUAUGUACUUGCCGGAAAUCAUGACAUGGGUUUUCACUAUGCAAUAACACCUUAUACAAAUCAACGAUUUAUUGAUGGUAUGAAAUCACCAAAUGUCCGAAGAGUCAGUAUACGAGGAAAUCAUUUUGUACUUAUUAACAGUAUGGCCUUUGAAGGAGACGGAUGUUUUCUUUGUAGGCCCGCUGAAGUUGCUACUUAUAAAAUAUCAAAGCAAUUGAAAUGUGCAAAAGGUAUAAAAACUGAUUGUUCAAAGUCUACGAAAAAUACAAUUGAAAGAUACAGCAGGCCAAUUUUACUUCAACAUUUUCCAAUGUAUCGAAAGUCUGAUAGUCUCUGCAGAGAACCAGAUCGAGCACCAGAUGAAAUUAUAGACUUGAAAUUUCGAGAACGAUGGGAUUGUAUAUCAAAAGAAUCAUCUGAACAACUUUUGGAAUUAUUGAAUCCAAGAUUAAUUGUUGACGGUCAUACGCAUCAUGGUUGCAAGCUUAUGCACGGUGAAGAUACACUAGAAGUUACAAUUCCUUCAUAUAGUUGGAGAAAUAAAAAUAAUCCAUCAUUUUUAAUGGGAGUUUUUACACCAGAUAAUUACGCUUUAUCAAAAUGUUACAUGCCUGUUGAAAAUACCGUCAUUACAAUAUACACUAUUGGUGGAAUUUUAAUUGUUUUUUAUCUUUUGUUCCGAAUCAAGCAAAAGAAGAAUCGUCAUCAUCACUUUUUAAAACUACAUUGA